AUGGCUCCCGCGGCGCCGAGCGGCGGCUCUACUGCGGGCGGCGGAGGGCCCGGGCCGCCUCCCCCAUGGCGCUGCAGCCCCGCCGCGUCCGCACACGCCCGGAGCGGCGGCGGCCCCGCUCGCGGUUAUCACGGGAACCGGGACCGGCUACGCCACGGCCGGGGCGGGGCGGGCGGCGGGGAGGGCCCAGCUGGGACGGAAGCCGGGCGGGCCCAGCCCGGGAACGCCCUCGCUGCCCCCCGGGGCGGGCGCUCCCCGCCCGCGUUCGGGCCGCACGGAAACAAGCGAGGCCGUGUCUCGAACGUGACGGAAACCCGCGGGAAGGAGCGGGGGGAGCGCGUUGUGCCCCCGCCCGGGGCCGCCCCCCCCCCCCCGCGGAGCGUGAGGGCGGCAGUGUGGUUAAUUAUGAGUAACACCAGUGAAAUCCAUGAGACCGCGUUCACCUAGAGACACUGGAGAACAGGAAACGAUUGAAGGAGCCGGUGCUGCGCAACAACACAUGAUCCCGUGCGUGUGAUCUGCAUGGGAUGGUCCUGCAUUUCAUUAAGCAUUAAUAUGUCUGCUGCCUUGGGUUUAAUGGAAAAGGAGCAUGAUUUAUUUACAACUUGGUUGAUUCAUGGCAAGGGAAGAAAAAAAGAACUAGACAAGUAUCUCUGUGAAAGACAUACACAAAGGAUAUCCUAGAGCAGACUCUUGAGCACUUCCAGGUGAAAUACAUUAUAAAUGUAUUAUGUAUUAAUACAAGAAUCAGGCUUCUGCUUCGUGAAGGUUCUUGUGAGGAAUAAAUGGCUUGCCUUUUAAAGAAAAAAGCAAGCAAGCCUGGAUCUGAUUUUGACAGAGUUAAGAACGACCAAAAAUGUCACUACAGAGCUAUCUUGCUAGAGCUUCCUAGAUUGAACCUUUAUAAUUAUUUAACCUUUCCAGAUUUAUGUUCA